CCAUGGCAGAGACUUCUGUAGUUGGGCACCAUCUUCCUGGAAGGGAGUCAUCAAGCCAUUCCUCUCUGAAGAUUUUUGGCUUCCAAAUCUCAGAAGACCACGAAAACAAUUCACCGUCUUCCAGCAAUGUAGCCAUGGAUACCGGCGGAGUUUUCGGUGGAGAAGACCGGAAAUUCGAGUGCCAGUACUGUUUCAGGGAGUUUGCCAACUCCCAGGCUUUAGGAGGCCACCAAAAUGCUCAUAAGAAAGAGAGACAGGAACUCAAGAGAGCUCAGAUGCAGGCCUGUAGAACCCCCAAGUUGUAUGGGAUCCCAGCAUCAGCUUUUCUAGCCCCCCAUAGAGUAAGGAUUUUGCCGAAUUAUGUCCAUGACCGGAGCCGGCUUCCGUCGUUAAUCCCCGCUUCUCGGUCUGCACCCUAUGUUUACUCAGUGCAACCUGGCGGGUACUCCGUCGGAUCUCCGGUUGGUUUCCCGGCAGCAUCAGCUCAUGAACACCACUCUGUAUUUUCGUACCCGAUCACUGCCAAGCCAGUCAUCACUGGUGAUGCUCACUCCCCAUCGAUAUCUUCUUCGGCGCCCGCCUUGAAAUCGUGUAGUUCCACCCCAGGUACUAUAUCCAGUUUUUCCAGCGAAUUCUCCGGCAAGAAUGCCGGGGUUCCGUCUCUUUCAAAAUUUUCUGGGGAGAUUUCAGAUCAAGAAGUCGGGCUGGACCUACAUCUCAGCCUUGCACCAUGUGCGCCAUGAAAAAGGGUCAUGCUUCACAAAAUCCGUGGAAUUUUUUGGAAAUGGAGCUCCUUCCCUCCCCUUUGUUUCCACUUGGCUAAUUGCCUCAAGCUCGUUGGCUUAAAUUGCUUAUCAUCUGGAGUGUCUUACUGUUGUUCAACAAAUAUGCAACUCCAUCUACUCGAUCGGCUUAUCAUGAACUAGCUAGCUGUUUACUAUAAUGACGAUCUCAUUCUCUACCAGUUGUAGUUGAAUUUGUAAAAAUUCGUUUUCUAUGUAUUCUGCACAAAAAAGUAUGUGUAAAUUUCUUUCAUUUCUCGGAACAAAAAAAUGUAGAUUUUUUUUUCUUAUCUUAAUUAAGA